CUAUUAAUUAUUACCAAUUUUGGAGGAAUCUACCUUACAGAGAUGACCAAGGGAACAACAAGCUUUGGCAAGCGCCAUAAUAAGACCCAUACAAUCUGUCGCCGUUGUGGGACUUCGUCGUUCCACCUCCAGAAAUCAAAGUGCUCCCAAUGUGGCUAUCCCGAUGCCAAGUGUCGUUCCUUUAACUGGUCCCGAAAGGCCAAGGGACGUAAGGCCCAGGGAACUGGAAGGAUGCGGUACCUUAAGAAGUUGCGCCGCCGUUUCCGCAAUGGCUUGCGUGAAGGAGGUUCAUCCAAGAAGAAGUCCUAGUAAAUCCAGGAAAAGGUCUUAGAAGCGCCUAAUAAAAACCCCGAAUGAUAAACGUAAA